UCAGUUGGCUGCCAACCGCCAUUAAGAGCAAAAGAAGAAGAAGAAGGAGCAACAUGGCGACUUCCAUGGCUCUCAGACGGGAAUUGUCCUCCUUGGCAAGGAUAUUGACAGGAAUCUCCCAUUUGGGUUCAAGACGUUUCGGCGCCUGCUUAGUUCACAGAAAAUGUAACAUAUUAAGGUCCCAGCUUCCAUUGAUACCCAGCACUUCUUUCCAUACCACAACAGUGUUCUCAUCUAAACCAUCAAUCACAGUCACAGAAGAGCCUGACACAUUAAUCCAGAAAGUGUCAGUGUUGGUCAAAGGUCAUGAUACAGCUGUGUUGAACAGCUAUGAGUUCUUUGCCACCAUGGCAGCUAAAGAAUUGGGCAUUAAAAUUGCCAAAGUUUAUGAACCUCCUAAAGAUAUUGAGAGAUUUACACUCCUGAAGUCGGUUCACAUCUUCAAAAAACACCGGGUUCAGUAUGAGAUGAGGACUCAUUAUAGGUGCAUUGAGUUGUCUCAUCUAACGGGCUCCACGGCUCAGGUUUACCUUGAAUACAUCCAAAGGAAUCUCCCUGAAGGUGUCGCUAUGGAGGUGACAAAGACCACCAUGGAGAAGAUUCCUGAUCACAUCCUUGAACCCAUGUGGAACGAUCCUCCAGUUGAAGAUAAGCCAAGCCAGUGAACAGUGACGGAACAACAAUGGUUGAACGUGUUGUGCAAUAUGUGUCAGACAUGUAAACUGUUUAGUUUUUUUCUUGUGUCAUCGAUAGAAAUUUUCUUUGGGUAAUCAAUGAAUUGGUUUCCUCACCAUCGAUGUUCCAUGGUUGUGCAGCAACGUGAAACUGUCUUUUCCAAUAAAUAAUGUUAAUUCCA